CGACAAAAUGGAGGGCCCGCCCUCUCCCACGUCCCCGAAAUACCACCCUGGUCAAGAGUCGCCCGCCUCGAGCAGCCUCCGUUUGCUCAAGGAGAAGCUCCGGCACAAGCAGAAUGUGACGGGCUCGCCGCUGCGCCUGUGCGCCUACGAGACCCUGCGGACGCAGAAGAGCAUGAAACGGCUCGACACCAUGCCCGAGCCAUUGCCUUCCACAGUUGCUGCUGCUGCAGCGGGGGGUGGAGGCGACGAGAGGAUUCCGAAUGGCGUUGUCACUGACCCGAGAGGCUCCUACGGCAAGAGCAAGUCGGACAUGGGCCUGCCAUCGCUCUCGACGCUGCUCACCACUGCAAUGGAGGACUUGGAGAGAGCAGGGCCGCCAAAACCACACCCACACCCACACCCACAGCUGCCACAGCUACAACCACAGCAACCGGCACCACCACCACCAGCAGCAGCAGCCACCUCUGUGUCGUCGCCCGUCGUGACUGACCGGUCGACGGCCGCGGAGCACCUGAGGCUCUUAAGGCGACACAGACGGCCGUCCAUCCCUCGCGAGAGCGAUGGCGCGUCAUCGCCCGAGCCGCCCAGCAGUCAGGGCGGCGACUCUCCGUCCUACUCGCCUGAGCGCGAGAUGAGGGACAGAAGGUCGCUGGCGCCUGUUGCUGAGGAGAGCUCUUCUGGUGGUGGUGGUGCGGGUGCACCUGUUGCUGCGUCAUCAGCUGCUGCUGUUACUGCUGGCGUUGAUGAGGUUUAUAGAGAGGGAGAGGUUCACAGAGACGGAUCAGGGAGGCCGGGAAGGGUCAAAGGUGGGGCUAUAGGUGGGAUGGGGCGGCCGCAUGGUGCUGGGGCGGGUGCAUCAGCAGCAUCAGCAGCAGCAGCAGGUGCUAGCCUGCCGUGUGCGCCCAAGAGGAUGAAAGUGGUGGUCAAAUGGACCUGCACCAAGUGCAAGGUGAGAACCAACAGACCGAACAGACGGACAGACAGACAGACAGACAGACAACAGGCAGACAAACAAAAGACAUCGGCUCUGUCUGUCAUGUGUUUGUUGGCUUGCGUGCAUUUCUUCCUUGAUGACACAAUGAUGCGAUCGAUGAUGCAGCGUAGCUGCAUCCCUGUGCGCGACGAGUCGCGGUGUCUGUGUGGGCAUCGGCUGCGGGAACACCACUGCCAGACGCCACCCAACCACACGUGGGCCACACACAGUGGGGGACGGACACAAACUGAGGACACAAGCUGAUUGAAUGAUGUGAUAUGAUGCCUGGUGUGUGGCGCGUGUGUGCAGGUCAUCGGGUGCGCAUGACGGUUCGCUGCCUGGUCCCCGUCUGCCGUGCUCGCGAUGUCCCUGCAAGCACUUCUUCUUCAUUGUGUCCGAGGGGGCCUGGAUACUCAGGUAGGGAGGGAGGGAGAUAGACACAUGAGCUGAGCCUGCAUGGCCGUACAUAUAAUGGAUGUGCCUGCCUCUCUCUCUCUCUCUGUGUGUGUGUGUGUGUGUGUGGGUACAGGUGUAGCUGCAAGCACCGACACAUUGAGCAUGACCCCGUGACACACGCCUGCAACAAGUAAGUACUUAAGUGGGCCGGUGCGGUGGGCCGGUGGACGGCUGGAGGAGCGACACACAUAGACAAUCCAUCCACUCCAUGGUGUGUAUGGUGCCGGUGUCUGUCUGUGUCUGUCGGUGUAGGCCAGGGUGCGGGUGCACGCGGUUCUUCUCGCCGUUUGUGUGCAACUGUGACCACCCUUGGAGCGACCACGUCCAGACUACACACUGGGAAGAGGUAUAGUAUAUAUGUGGCUGCGCUGUGGGCACAGGGGGACACACUAUACACCUGCCUGCAUAGCUGACUUACUUGCCUCCUCUUCUCUCUCUGUGCGUGUCUUAAGGUGCGGACAGUGGCUCAGAUGUUGGCCGCUGCUGAGGACUUUCAAUCCGCCGCGAGAGAGGUGGGUGCUCACCGCACCUAACCGCACUGCAGACACCCAUGUGCAGCCAGCAGAAAGAUAUGGUGUCUGUAUGCUGUCCUGGAUGGGAUGGGUGUGUGCAGGUGAACGACUACUCUGGUCUGAUGCGUGGGGGCGAUCUGAACCAGACGCCGAUCAAUGUCAACAGGGGCAACCAGCUGCCCAGAUAGAUGGAAUGCUGUCCAGACCAACGGGGUCCUGUAUACGACCGACCGUGUGCCUGUAUGCUGUGUCUCUCUGUACGUGUAGCUAGCCGCCAAUCUUCGCUAUGAGCGACCAACGGUUGUCGUUGCUUGUAGUCCUCCAUCCAUCUGUCCACGGGAUGGAUUCGCUCCGGUUUGUCUGUUGCCCUUGCUUGCGCGCGCAACUAGCUACUGUUGAUCUUCGUGG